AGUACUUGGCAAGAAUAUUCAAUUCAAAGUUGCAGAAUCAACGAAACAGGGUUUAUGGUUUUUCUGUCUCUCUUCGACUUUAACUCCAAAUAAUCACUUUCAUGGCACCAAUGCUUCACUACCAAACCAACUUAUGUAAAUAAGCGCUUUUUCCUAUUCACCCUUUUCGCUACUUCUUCAACCUAAAACGGAACCUUUCUCACACUAUAAAGCUGGGGAGAUUAUUGGGUUUGUUUUCAGCCAUGCGGGUCUCUUCUCAGAGUACCGCUUUUAGGUCAACUUACUAUUGCCCCUCUUGUUUCUCUUUUUCUUCUUCUUCUUCUAGACCCUUUCGUUCUUCUCUCUCUUCUUUAGGUUUUUUUGCUAACUAUGGUUCAUCCCAACACAGCAGAAGAAAAUCCAAAUCAAUCCAGAUUGCUAGUAAUUUCCUCAGACAUCGCAAUUUGUCUGGUAGCUCUCUUCAAUUUAGAGAAGGUUCAUACUGUCCAAAGCGAAUAUCUUUUGGGUUGAAAAAAUGCAAUGACAUGGAGUAUCAUCGUAAUUCUCCAGUACAUAUUUCAGUUAUGAAAUUUUCAACUGCAUCAUUUAGCACGUUGAAGGUAACAAAUCAAACAAGACGGGAAGAAGAGCUGAGCUCUUUGAGUUCUUACGACAGACAAGUUAGGAUGAUGACACAUUUUGGUUCUUGCAGUUACAGAUUAUCCAAAACACCUCGUAGAAAGUUAUCUGGUGAUAGAACCGGAUGGGCUGAGGCUGGGCAUAAAUUGACUCAGAUAAAAAUGGAAAUGCAUGAUCUGGACAAACGUAGUUUGUAUCCAUCCAAUACAAAUACAAUUGCUUCUUCUAUUGCUCAGAAACCAGCUAUUACUCAAAACGAAGGGCACAAUCUUAUGCUGCAUGAUCUAUGUGAACCUGCCUCAUCUUCUGUUCAACAUUCUAUGUUAAACAACUCAAUGUUAUUGAUAGACACCGAAAGAGUUGGUACCGAGUCAAAUGUAUCUUCAUUAAAGACCGGUGAAGAGAAAAUUGAUGGUGUUGAUGGCACCGAGUCAAAUGUGUCUUCAUUAAAGACCAGUGAAGAGAAAAUUGACAAUGUUGAUGGCAAUCACAGUUUGGCUGCUGCUGCAAAAGACGCAACUAAGGCAAAAAUUACUGUUACAAUGACACGCAGUGAUGAACAAUCAAAACUUCGGGAAAGGCUCUGUAGUAUCUAUGAAGACAUACUGGUUGUUAAUAAUAUUUCUCAUGCAGAGCAAGUAGCUAAGAUGCUUACAGUAAAUUACAGGCAUCUUAUUCAUGCAUGUGAUACCGAGGUAUCCAAGAUAGAUGUCAAACAAGAAACGCCUAUAGAUCAUGGGGAGAUAAUAUGUUUCAGUAUUUAUUCGGGUCCAGAAGCUGAUUUUGGAGGUGGGAAAUCAUGUAUCUGGGUGGAUGUUCUUGACGGUGGAGGCAAAGAGAUAUUGAAUAAGUUUGCCGAUUUUUUUCAAGAUCCAUCGAUAAAAAAGGUUUGGCAUAACUAUAGCUUUGAUUGUCAUGUUAUACAAAAUUAUGGAUUUAACGUUUCUGGAUUUCAUGCUGAUACAAUGCACAUGGCACGACUAUGGGAUUCAUCAAGACGUUUGGUUGGUGGUUAUUCUCUUGAAGCACUUAGUGGUGACAAAGAAGUCAUGUCUAGGGGUAAUCUGAACCAUGAAACGGAUUUGAUUGGUAAGGUGUCGAUGACAACCUUAUUUGGUCAGAGAAAGGAGAAGAAAGAUGGAUCUAUGGGUAAAAUCGUUACCAUUGAGCCUGUUGAAGUACUGCAAAGAGAAGAGCGUAUACCUUGGAUAUGUUACUCUGCUUUAGAUGCCAGAAGCACUCUGAAGCUUUAUGAGAGCCUAAAAAGUCAUCUGUCAGAUUUACCUUGGAAACUUGAUGGAGAACUUUUACGCGAAAACAUGUUUGAUUUUUACGAGAUAUAUUUGCAGCCAUUUGGUGAACUUCUUGUCAAAAUGGAAUGUGAGGGUAUGCUAGUUGAUCGGUUAUAUCUUCAAGAAAUAGAAAAGGUGGCCAAAGCAGAGCAACAGGCAGCUCUUAAUAGAUUCCGAAAAUGGGCAUCUAGGUAUUGUCCUGAUGCCAAGUAUAUGAAUGUUGGAAGCGAUACACAGUUGCGUGUACUGCUUUUUGGUGGCACUGUGAACAGAAAAAACCACAAUGAGGCAAUUCCAACGGAGCGGAUUUUCAAAGUUCCGAAUGUUGAUAAAGUGAUUGAAAAAGGAAAAAAGAUUCCCUCAAAAUUACGUGAUAUUAAGUUGAAUAGCAUUGGAUGUAACCUGAAUGUUGACAUUUACACACCUAGUGGCUGGCCCUCAUGUAGUGGUCCCGCUUUAAAGGCGCUGGCUGGCAAAGUUUCUGCUGAGUAUGACUUUGAUCUUGAGGAUGAAGAUGGUAAUCCUUCUCAAAGGGAAGAUGAGCCUUUAGAAAUAGAUAAUUCUGCUUAUGGAACAGCCUAUUUUGCUUUUCCAACAGAGGAAGAAGGGAGAGAAGCUUGUCAUGCAAUUGCUGCUUUAUGUGAAAUCUGCUCAAUUGACUCUUUGAUCUCUAAUUUUAUCCUUCCCCUGCAGGGACAUAAUAUAUCUGGGAAGGAUCAGCGUGUUCAUUGUUCCAUAAAUAUCAACACAGAGACUGGACGCUUGUCAGCAAGACGACCAAAUCUGCAGAAUCAACCAGCUUUGGAAAAGGACCGAUACAAAAUCCGUCAAGCAUUCGUAGCUGCUCCUGGAAAUUCUCUUAUAGUUGCGGAUUAUGGGCAGUUGGAGCUUAGGAUACUUGCACAUCUUACUGAUUGUAAGAGCAUGUUGGAAGCCUUUGAAGCUGGUGGAGAUUUCCACUCCAGAACUGCAAUGAAUAUGUACCCAUAUAUUCGUGAAGCAGUUGAAAAAAAGGAAGUUCUUCUUGAAUGGCAUCCUCAGCCUGGUGAAGACAAACCCCCUGUUCCUCUCCUCAAGGAUGCCUUUGCUUCUGAAAGAAGAAAAGCCAAAAUGCUUAACUUCUCAAUUGCAUAUGGAAAGACUCCACAAGGUCUUUCUAAGGAUUGGAAGGUUUCUGUGAAAGAAGCUAAGAACACAGUUGACCUCUGGUACAAUGAUAGAAAAGAAGUUUUGAAAUGGCAACAGAAACGUAAAAAAGAAGCUUUUGAAUUUGGGUGUGUUUAUACGUUGCUAGGACGAGCCCGGCGAUUUCCCGAGAUAUUCCUAGGUCGUCGUAACUUCUACAAAGGUCACAUUGAGCGUGCUGCUAUUAAUACCCCAGUGCAGGGAAGUGCAGCUGAUGUUGCCAUGCUUGCCAUGUUAGAAAUAUCCAAAAAUAAACAGUUGAAGGAGCUUGGAUGGAAGUUACUUCUUCAGGUUCAUGAUGAAGUCAUAUUGGAAGGACCAACAGAGUCAGCUGAGGUUGCAAAGAAUAUAGUUAUUGACUGCAUGUCAAAACCCUUCAAUGGCCAAAAUAUUCUUAAAGUUGGCCUCACUGUGGAUGCCAAGUGUGCCCAAAACUGGUAUGCCGCAAAAUAAACAUCAAAUCAAAACUGUUGUGCCGCGGUUUGGUGGGGUAGUUUUGCACCCUUGGCUUUAAUACGAAGGUCAUGGAUGAACUUGGUUGCAUACAAAACUGUAUUGUUUCUCUGGUGACUAUAAUCAAAAGAGGUUGUGAUGCAACUUGGGGUGCCUUCUAUUUUUGCAUGGAAAAAGUAAUGUCCUUUUGGUCUCAUGUUAUCCUCUUUCAUUUUUAGAGAGGUUAUGGAAAUGGUUUCAUUGUGAAUUUUGUGUAUAGAAUUUUUAAUUAUGAAGCAGAAGGCCAAAAUCAAUGGUGUCCAAUUAAGCACCGAUACCAAUAUGGACACCGGACACGUCAUUGGCACGUCGACACGGGUGAUAAUUUCAUAAAGUAAUUAAUUAAAUGCCGUUGCACGUGUCAUUGUUGUGUCGUUACUAAAAAUUAGUAUCAGCGUUUGUUAGCUCUACUCUGUUUUUUUCUUCUUGUUUUUAUUUUACAAGCUCAUAGUAUGUUUUGUCUUGUAUAAUGUACCAAUGUGGCUCUAUGCUUUGUGCAACUAUGUAUUAUUUUGUAUAGUUGUAUAUAAAACGAAAAUUUCAAAUUCCAUCUCAUUUGCCAA